AUGGUUGCGAAUAAUGUGCAAUUAUCAUCAGACACACAAAGUGAAGAUUCAGAGAUAACUACUCCGACUUCGGAAAGAUCCCCUGAAUUGAGAAAUGAAAAUCCAACUUCCUCGCCAUCUAAAAAUUCAACUACAAAGUUUCCGGGGAAAGAUCUUCCUCCUCCUACCAUUGAUCAAACCCCCACGCGUUUUCUUGCUGCGUGUUCGAAACUUGAUUUGGAACCGAAUCCAUUUGAACAAAGUUUUUCGGGUGUCGCACCAAUCUCAGAUAGUGUGGGAACAAAUAGUCCAAAACCCAGUUUGCCUCCAGUAUCACAAAUAGAAAGUCCUAGCCUCCCAUCAAAUGAAGAAUAUGGUUGGAAUUUACAAUCUUUGCGAAGCGGUGCUUUAUCACCUUCCAUGCUAGCAGGUCCUCAAGAAAAUAUCAUGUUUGAUAGUAUUCCGCCAGGUCGCACAGGGACAACUCCACUCCCUUUCACUUCUUUUGCCGAACCUUCGCCUAGAUCCGCCGCAUUAUUUGGAGUCGCUGGUAACUUAUCCACUUCUAUCAUUAAUCCUGCUCUCCCUGUGACAUCUUUGUCAACUACUGCAAAUGCAACCGACCCAUAUGGUCGUAAUGUUUUUACUCAAGGAAUUCCUCGUACGCUCACAGAUUCCGAGCGUAAAAUUACAACGAAUUCCGUUACUUCCGUAUCUGUACCAAAAACGCAAUCAGGUGUAAUACAACCUGGAGUCACCACGUUGCCCUCAACUGGUCUUUUAAAUAUGUCAAAUGGAACUUCGGUCUCAUCAUCAUCAAUGAUCGGACAUCAAAAUGUUCUCGUCGGUAAUUCUACCAUUAACAAUCGUAAUAUGCUUGCUGCGUCAACGCAGGACACAAUAAGUAAUGCGCUGAUUUCGGAAACGAUCAUGCCAAAAACUGAAAAAGAUGAUUUCUCAUCUCAAACUAAUAACACCCUAAAUGCUCUGAAUAAUGGGCGACAAUCUAACGGCAUAAAUUCAAGUCUAUUGACACAUAAAGCAUCUUCUCUUUCGGAUUCCAUGGACGAAGAAUCUAUUAUUUCUUCCAAAAUUAACAGUUCAAGCUCUUUAAAGUCAGGAGCUCGCGGUACGAGACGAAAAGCAGAGGAACCACUCAUUAAUGAACAACCUUCCUCAAAGAAGAGUGGUCAAAAAGUAAAAAAUGAAAUGACUGAAGAAGAGAAACGAAAGAACUUUUUAGAGAGAAAUCGUCAAGCUGCCCUCAAGUGCCGUCAGCGUAAGAAGCAGUGGCUUGCGAAUUUACAAUCCAAGGUGGAAUUUUUGACUAAUGAUAAUGAGAAUUUACAAAAUCAAGCACAAUCUUUACGUGAAGAAAUCAUCAAUUUAAAAACCUUGUUGCUUGCGCAUAAAGAUUGUCCGAUUGCACAAGCUAAUGGUGUAAUGGGGUUGGAUUCGAUACAGCCAAACUCUCAGGGAAUUCCACAGAAUAUGAAUGGGAUGAAUAUUGGGCCAAACGGUGUUCCUAUGGGGAUGGUGCAAAGUGGGGUUGCAAAUUCGGGCAUGUCCAGUGGAGUUCAAGGGUCUAUGUCAAUGACGAAUGUGCAAGUCCCUCCACAUAUGUCAAAUCAUGUCACAGGCCCUCCUGGUUCUGGAUUAAUGAGAUAUUAA